CAUGUUUGGUGCAGUAUAAAAGCUUCUAAAAAAUCCAUUGUGCCACCACGUGGCCGGUACCUUUUUUUUUUGGUGAACACGUGGCUCGUCCUUUCAGUUCCUUCAAUAACAGGUCAAAGAAUCCCGCUUCAAACACUCAAACGAAAAACAGAGGGAGAGCCAAAUCCAUGAGCGAAACAGAAUCUAUGCGUUGCAGAAUAUGAGAUUUUCUCACUGAAUAAAUUAGCUGAAAAUUUUCUCGGAGCCGAGAAAGCGCGAGAAAAUGUCGACAAACAAUGGAGAGGUAGAGGAAGGAGGAGGGAGCGGACGGCGAACAUCUCCAACUUCGAGUAACACCAGACUGAGAAUCAAAGCCGACCCUUUCUUGGUGUGCUGCAGAUGCUUCAGCGUCAUCACUGCUCUCACUGCCGUUCUCUGCAUCGUCGUCAAUGUCUUCUCUGCCAUUGAAUCUUUCAAGGAUGGAUCUGAUGUUUUCGACGGGAUAUUUCGGUGUUAUGCUGUUUUGGUUGCGAUUGUGGUGGUUGUGGCCGAGACCGAAUGGGCGUUCUUUAUCAAGUUCUGGAAGGUAUUGGAGUAUUGGGUUGGUAGGGGUAUGCUGCAGGUCUUUGUUGCGGUCAUGACAAGAGCUUUUCCUGAUGAUACUGGUACAAGGAAGACGCUUGUUCUUCUUCAGAACAUAGCAAGCUAUAUGCUCCUUGCUUGUGGUGGGGUCUAUAUUAUUUCGGGAAUUCUGUGCAUUGGCUUCCUGAAACGGGCUCGGCAGAAGACAGAAAUUUCAAGGGAGCAAGCGGUAAAGGAUCUUGAGGAGUUGGAGCGGCGAAGGGAAGAACUUGAACACUUGCUUAUUGAGGAAAGAGAUUAAGACACUAUGGUACGGUACCAUACCGUACCGUAGACACAGAGUGAUUCUCAUGAACCUUACUCUUGUUUCAGUAUUUGAUUCUGCUAGUGAGUGGCCUCAGAACUAGUUACUUUGUAGGAGUUUAUUUGUUUGUAUAGUUGUGAAAAGGCAUGUUAUUGAUUUUCCAAUGUACCGAACAUAAGAAAUCUUGGCUGUUAUUCAUUUGUUUAGAUAAAAAUCUCCAUAGGCUGUUUUAAAUUGAUGGAUUGUU